AUGAGGGCCCUGGGUGUUCUCAUCACCCUCCUGCUCUGCGGGCAGCUUUUCGCAGUGGAUGUUGGCAGUGAGAGCACAGAUAAUCCAGUUGGCAAUGAGAGCACAGAUAAUCCAGUUGGCAAUGAGAGCACAGAUAAUGCAGUUGGCAAUGAGAGCACAAGUAAUGCAGAUGACAGCUGUCCAAAGCCCCCCGAGAUUGCAAAUGGCCUUGUGGAGCACUCAGUUCGCUAUCACUGUAAGACCUACUACAGACUGCGUACUGAAGGAGAUGGAGUGUACACCUUAAACAGUGAGAAGCAGUGGACAAAUAAGGCCAUUGGAGAGAAACUUCCUGAAUGUGAAGCAGUGUGUGGAAAGCCCAAGUUCCCAGUGGAUCAGGUCCAACGGAUCCUGGGUGGAUCAGUGGAUGCCAAAGGCAGCUUUCCCUGGCAGGCUAAGAUGAUCUCACACCACAAUCUCACCUCGGGAGCCACACUGAUCAGUGAGCAAUGGCUGCUGACCACGGCUAAAAAUCUCUUCCUGGGGCAUACAGAUGAUGCAAAAGCCAAAGACAUUGCCCCUACUCUAAGACUCUAUGUGGGGAAAAAUCAGCUUGUGGAGGUUGAGAAGGUGGUUUUCCACCCUGACUACUCCAAGGUCGACAUUGGUCUCAUCAAACUCAAACAGAAGGUGCCAGUUGGUGAGAGUGUAAUGCCCAUUUGCCUACCUUCAAAAGAUUAUGCGCAAGUGGGGCGCUUGGGUUAUGUGUCUGGCUGGGGGCGAAAUUCCAACUUCGCUUUCACUGAGCUACUGAAGUACGUCAUGCUGCCUGUGGCUGACCAAGACAAAUGUGUAAUACACUAUGAAAAAAGCACAGUGCCCGAAAAGAAGGAACCAAAGAGCCCUGUAGGAGUGCAGCCCAUACUGAACGAACACACCUUCUGUGCUGGCCUGUCCAAGUACCAGGAAGACACCUGCUAUGGCGACGCUGGCAGCGCCUUUGCCGUUCAUGACACGGACGACGACACCUGGUAUGCGGCUGGGAUCCUGAGCUUUGAUAAGAGCUGUAACGUGGCUGAGUAUGGUGUGUAUGUGAAGGUGCCCUCCAUCCUGGACUGGGUUCAGAAAACCAUGGCUGACAACUAAUGCAAUGCUGGCUGGAAGCCCUUGCCUGGACGCAAGGUUCCUCGGUGGAAGAGGGAAAGCUGGAUGGGAGUGGAGGGGAUAAAACAUGGUGUGAAACUGAUGGUUUCCGGCCCUGCAUGGCUGGGUCAAUCAAUAAAGAACUUUGUUUUGACUCAUUUAUGUUGUUAUUUUUUUAAGUCUUGAGCCUUUUUAUCCUCAUUUAUGGUAUGGCAGCAGCCAAGUGGCACGGAGUCUACUGGGAGUAUGGCAGAAAACACCCCAGGCCAACUGGAAAUCCCUAAUGUGAUACAAACUUUCCCACUGUGGCCACCCACUCAUUGAGUGCCUACUGAGACAGGCCUCAGAAAGGUCAUCGUUAUCUUUGUUUUACCAACAAGUGAACAGACUCACAGAAGUUAAGUGAUUUCCUUAAGGUUACACAGAUAUUAGUGAAGCUGAACCUUGAACCUAGAUCUGUCUGAAUACAAACUGCAUCCUGGUGAGGAAAGUGCUAGCUCAAAGUAGGAUGAAAACAAGUGUUCGGUACCUUAUCAUUUGUAUUCCAACACACCAGCACUUCAGAAAAGAUGGUGCAAAGGCAGGAUCUCUGGACUUGCUGGGUCCAAAUCAUAGCUUGGCCAUAAAUUUGCCAAUUGACUUAAACUCCCUGCCCAUCAGUUCCCUGGUCUCUUCUAUGAGGAGCUUAAACCAGAUAAUCUCUAAAGUUCCUACCAGCAAUGACAUCCUGGGACUUGGUAAAGGGUGAGUCAUCUUUCUGGGAUUUGCCUCUUUUAAUAACUUUAUGAAGAAUUCUCUCUCUUCCAGGGUCCCCUGGCACAACUUGCCACCACUUGGGCAAGUUGCUACUUUUCUCAAAACCUCAUGAGGGCUAUUGGUACUGACUUUCCAGAGUGAGAGAACAGAUGCAGAGCUGGAGGGCAGUGGGCCAGGCAGCAUGUGACCUGGAUGGCAGCCACUGACUUUCUUGCCUACAGAAGCCCAGUUCUGUGCAGGGUGGCACUGUCACUGCAAGCCUAUCUCUCCUGCCAGAUGCUUCCUUUCCCAGCCUUUUCUCCAGGAAGAGGUGACCAUGCAACCUGGUUCUGACUGAUGUGGCAUAGAAAGCAGGCUGUUGGGUGCUUUUGUGUCCUUCGCUGAUGAAAAAAGAACCCCAGGAACGAGACCAAAAAAACCUCUUUUACCACCACCUCCAUUUUCUCUUCUCCCCCUACUUUUAUGGUAAUCAUGAUGCACGGAACUGCAGCAGCCAUCUUAGACCAUGACCGGCACUGGGAUGAAGAACAGAUAUGCAGAUAACGAUAAAAAGAACCUGGUCCAUGAUGAUGCUAUUGAGCUACUGAGUGAACUCUAGU